AUGGCAGCGGUGGUCAAUUUGAGACCUCGUUUUAGGGAGAGACAUAACAGCAGGGUGUGGCACACGUUUCAUCGAUCGAAUGGCAAGAGCGCCGGUGGUAGUGGAACAUUGGCCGCACUCCCCGAUCCUGGGUUGGAGCCGAUUAAAGAGGCCCCAAGUGACUCACCUUUGCAUCAUUUUACGCCAGAGACCGCGCCAGAGAGCGUGCCAGAAGAACCUAUUGUACUGGAAUCGGCUCCCGUAGCUGCAAUUGAGUACGAACCAGGUCGGAAAUGGGGUUACAAAAUACUCUAUGUGUUGGAUGCACUUGAUAAAUUACAAUCCAAGAUGUUUGAGUACAUUUGGGUCUCGAUCCUUUACGUCAACAUAUUAUUUCCACGUUUGACUACGAGGUAUGUUCAAUUGCGCAGUUAG